GAUUUCUCCGGCUAAUUUCUCUUCAUUCGUCGCUCUGAAAUCUGCGCUCCGGAGCUGUUUUGAGCGCAGUCUUCUCCAAAAUAAACCCCCUCUGAACGUGUGGAGAGCGGCGGGCUGCUGCCAUGCGGGUGCUUCUGUUGUUCGCCGUGACGGUGCUGUCUCUGAGCCCGGCGGCGGUGAGCGGAGCCGAUAAGAAGAAGCUCCAGAUCGGCAUCAAGAAGCGAGUGGACAACUGCUCCAUCAAGUCCCGGAAGGGAGACGUGCUGAACAUGCACUACACGGGUAAGCUGGAGGACGGCACGGAGUUUGACAGCAGCAUCCCCCGCGACAGGCCCUUCACCUUCACACUGGGCACGGGCCAGGUGAUCAAAGGCUGGGACCAGGGCCUGCUGGGCAUGUGCGAGGGCGAGAAGAGGAAGCUGGUCAUCCCCUCCGAGCUCGGCUACGGAGACCGGGGAGCUCCCCCAAAGAUCCCCGGGGGAGCGACGCUCAUCUUCGAAGUGGAGCUGCUCAGCAUCGAGAGGAGGUCCGAUCUUUGAUGAAGAGAGGAUGGAAAAAGAAAACUUACACUUUCCAAACGUUCCAGGAGCUGCUGCAGAACUACUACUUGGAGAUCGUCUGACCUCUGAUGAAGACUACAUGGAAAAUCUGGGAGUAGAGAUGACAACCC